AUGCAGUUCUUCGUUGUUUGGACGUUCGUCAUGAUCAUGGGGAAUCUGGCUGCCAGCAGCCAGCAGCUGGCCGGCGGGGUGGGCCCCACGGGGGUCCUGAAGGACGGGGUGUCCUCCGCGAGCCUGGAGAAGGCCGGAGAGAACCAUUUAAUGAAAGAUGACGAGGGGGUACUCAAAUAUUUCCCCAAAUUGUCUGACCUUGAGAUGAACACAAGUUUGGAAAAUGGCGCGAAUGACAGUAUCAAAACCGUGGAAAGGAAAGUCUUUGAUAAUAGAGAUGAAACGGGGCAUGUAACCGGCAAUAAGACAGUCGUUGAAAAGACUACAGAAACUGACGUACAGCCCAACGGAAAUGUAUCAAAGAUUACGGAAACACAGGUUGUUAUUGAUGAGGAAGGUAAAGAAAGUGCCGAAAAAUCUGUCACAGAGAGCGAAACACUGACGCAAACCACUCCAAACAACAGGUCCCUAACACAGACGGUGGACGUGAAAAAUGUCACGGACGAAGAGGGUAAUGAAAUAAACGAGGAAGUUAUUAUAAAGAAGGAAGCAACAGUACAGCCUCUUACCAGUGCCACUGAGGUAACAAAGGAGAUUCUGCCAGGCAAUAAAACGAAUCAAUUAUUAGCAACAGAGAAAGAAGAAAAACUACCUUUAGAGGAAACCAUUAGGGAAACAUGUGUGGAGAGUAAGAACGAUACGGAUAAGAGCGACGGACGUCAGAAAGUAGAACGGACAGAGAAGACCAUUGAGAUUCUUCCCGGCAAUAAAACGAAUGAAAUGUUAGUAACAGAAAAAGAAGAAAAACUACCUUCACAGGAAAUCAUCAAGGAGAUAUUUGUGGAGACUAAGAAUGUAACAGAAAAUGGCGAUGGUCCUCUGAUAGUAGAACGGACAGAGAAAACAAAGGAGAUUCUGCCAGCCAAUGAAACGAAUGAAAGUAUUGUAACAGAGAAAGAAGAAAGACUACCUUCACAGGAAAGCAUUUCGAUGACAUCUGUGGAGGAGAGUAGAAAUGCUUCUGAAAAUGGCGAUGGACCUCAGAAAAUAGAACGAACAGAGAAAACAAAGGAGAUUCUGCCCGGCAAUAAAACGAAUGAAAUUGUUGUAACAGAGAAAGAAGAAAGACUACCUUCACAGGAAAGCAUUUCGAUGACAUCUGUGGAGGAGAGUAGAAAUGCUUCUGAAAAUGGCGAUGGACCUCAGAAAAUAGAACGAACAGAGAAAACAAAGGAGAUUCUGCCCGGCAAUAAAACGAAUGAAGUUAUUGUAACAGAGAAAGAAGAAAAACUACCUUCACAUGAAACCAUCAAGGAAACAUCUGUGGAGACUAAGAAUGUUACAGAAAAUGUCGAAGGCCCUCUGGUAGUAGAACGAACAGAGAAAACAAAGGAGAUUCUGCCCGGCAAUGAAACGAAUGAAAUUUCAGUAACAGAGAAAGAAGAAAAACUACCUUCACAUGAAACCAUCAAGGAAACAUCUGUGGAGAGUAGGAAUGUUACAGAAAAUGGCGAUAUACCUUUGAUAGUAGACCGAACAGAGAAAACAAAGGAGCUUCUGCCCGGCAAUGAAACGAAUGAAGUCGUAGUAACAGAGAAGGAAGAAAAACUUCCUUCACGGGAAACUGCUGUGACGCCACCGAAGGUUGUUAAAAAGAUUAGGAGAAGGAAAGCUUGUAGGUGUGACUCGUUGUUGACCCUUUCGGUGGUAACAGAAGAAUUAAUUGAAAGAAUUGCUCGUGUUGUAUUGAAGGAAAUGACAACAGAGUAG